GCUAAGGGCGGCAGUUCACCUGCUGCUGGGCUGGAAGUCUUCAGGGUGGUGACUACUGCCGGGAAACAGGUCCAACCACUAGUGGACCGUGCAGGACUGCAGGUGUGACCGGCCUGUCCGCCGCUGUCGUCCACAUCGCCGGCGCAUCCUUAUCGUACAAGGGGUUGGGGGCAUGAACCAGCAACGGGCGCGGUGGUGGCACAUGUGAAGGGCAGCUGCAUAAUUACACUUGGGACUUCAACUACUUCUGAAAGGACAUGGCUACGGGAGACAAAGUUGCCAUAUUGUUUGAGGAUGAGGAGGAACAGAAGAGGAAAUAUGUCCUUGCUGAUCCUUUCAAUGGUGUUGCUCCAGAGCAAAACGUUCCUAGCGGAAAUUCUGGUCGUUCUGAUAAUUUAUCUGCAGAAGAUGAGGAUGUGGACUGGCUGGAAAAACACUGUGUCAAGAUUAACAAUGACCUUCUGAUAUCUAAAGUGUUCUACUUCUUUUUUUACUCUGCCUAUGGAUCGCUCUAUCCCUUAUUACCAGUGUACUAUAAACAGUUAGGGAUGUCUCCCAGCCAAAGUGGGUUAUUAGUAGGAAUUCGGUAUUUUAUUGAAUUUUGCAGUGCCCCUUUCUGGGGAGUAAUAGCUGACAGAUUCAGAAAAGGAAAGGUGGUCUUACUGUUUUCAGUACUGUGCUGGGUUUUAUUCAACUUAGGGAUUGGUUUUGUAAAACCAGCAGCUUUAGUUUGUGUCCCUGAUAUGCCUAUGCCAGUUAAACCUACUAACUCCAGUCCAUUUGAAACAACUCCUUUGCCACUUACUUCUGUAUCAACCCAAUCUGUUAAAGGAAGUAGUACUAUAGCCAAAAAGAAGCGGAAGAGGGAUUUGCAGGGUGAUCUUCUUGCAUGGGAACUCUCUAAUUCUGAAAAAAUUGUUUAUAAAGAGUCUUCUAUCCUUUUACAUCGGAUGUUGAGGGAAGUUGCCAAUGGCACGAGUGCACCAGCACUGUCUGGUCCUAGUGGAAACAUUACAACAGCCAUCAUUACAACCACCAUCACCACAAAGAGUCCUAAUGCGGUGUUGCAGUAUAAACAAGAAGAUGUAGAAACCAUAUUCCUGUUAAUUCUAUUAGUAGUUAUUAUAGGAGAGUUUUUUAGUGCUCCAGCUGUUACUAUUGUAGAUUCUGUAACUCUCCAAUAUUUAGGCAAACACAGGGAUCGCUAUGGAUUGCAGAGAAUGUGGGGAUCACUUGGCUGGGGAUUAGCGAUGUUGUCCAUAGGAAUAGGAAUAGAUCACACUCGCAUCAAUGUGAUCAUUGAAGGAAAUGGCUGCACUGAGCCUGAAUAUAAAAACUAUCGUAUUGCCUUUAUUGUCUUUGGCGUCUUGAUGUCUUUGGCUCUAAUUGUUUCAACACAAUUUCAUUUUUAUUACCACCAUUUAAAACCAAGUGAGGAACGCAGAGAAGAUGUGGAGAUCUCUCCUGUGGAAACAAGUUCCCAACAAGAAUCUCAAGUACACAAUCAGAAUGAAGGAAGAAGUGAAGAAGAGACGGUCCAGAAUUUCAGAUUUUGGGAUCUCGUCAAGAUAAUUUGCACAGUACAGUAUGGCUCUGUUCUCUUUGUAGCCUGGUUCAUGGGAUUUGGUUAUGGAUAUGUCUUCACCUUCCUUUUCUGGUACCUUGAGGACCUUAAAGGAACUACAACAUUGUUUGGUGUCUGCUCUGUCCUGAGCCACAUAUCGGAGCUGACUGCUUACUUUUUUAGCCACAAGUUGAUUGAAUUAGUUGGUCACAUCAGGGUACUGUACAUCGGCCUUGCUUGUAAUACUGCACGUUAUCUGUAUAUUUCCUACAUGGGAAAUGCCUGGACCGUACUCCCCAUGGAAGUGUUACAAGGUGUGACCCAUGCAGCCAUAUGGGCAGCUUGCAUUUCAUAUCUGAGUGCCGCAGUUCCACCAGCAUUACGGACGUCUGCUCAAGGCAUCCUUCAGGGUCUGCAUCUUGGACUUGGUAGAGGAUGUGGUGCAAUGAUUGGAGGUGUAUUGGUCAAUUUCUUUGGUGCUGCAGAAACAUUCAGGGGGAUCGGUAUGGCUUCUUUGGUCAUUCUCCUUCUCUUUGCACUGAUUCAGUGGGUAGCAGUUCCUCAGAAAGAAGAAGAUUCAUCUAUGCUGGCGGAAAGGAUUCCUGUUCCCUCCAGCCCAGUUCCCAUAGCAACUAUCAACCUUGUACCACAGCACGCUGAGAACAUUAUGCCGAGUGUUCAAGUCAAACUUCCCGCAAAAAAGACGAGGCACCAGGAGGAACAAGAGGAUGUCAACAGACCAGCCUGGGGGAUAAGCUCGUCUCCUUGGGUCAACCUUGCUUAUGCCUUUUAUCAGAUAAAGGAAAUGUUGGCACUUGCCAAAACUAACCCUGUCCCCGAAACUCAGCCACUGCAGAAAAGUAAUGAAAGUAACACCGCUCCAAGAUCUCCACAACCUGCAAGGAGUGAAGAUGCUAAUAUCGAGGAAGCUAAUCUUGAAGAGAAUUGUCCUGUGCAAGAAAAUGACUCUGCCCCAUCACAGGAAAUUUCUGACUGUCCGCCGACACUGCCAGAAGACAUAGGGAAUUAAUAUAUGCUAGAAAAACUACUAGUUAAACACUGAAAUUUGGGAGUAAGGAACGAAACAUUUUUUAAGAUGUCACACAGGUUGUUUUAUUGAAACAUUUAGCAGAAGGAAGAUUAAUGAGACAGUGAAAAAUAAAUUUUUAGCCACACUGGAUGCAAGAAAUCCUACAACUGUAGUUUUAUGUGUGUGCCGAAGGUGCCCUUACACCUUCAGUAUCUGUCGACUUGGCCAAACUUGUCAUUGGGGAAAGGGGAAUUAAGCUGCUGCCAGACACCCCUGGCGAGGGCUUAUCUCCCCUUAAAACAAAAGGAUCAGGUGAUGAAAUACAACAUGCUCAAUUCUUCCUUCCCCAACAUUAUAUGCAAGAAAAAGUCAUCAUUAAAUGGUUGGUCUCAUUGAUAUUGCUGGGUUCAGCCGACUUUCAUGUAUGAGGGCCUUCAGUAACACUUUAUUAGUGUUCACAGUGUAAUAACAUGAAAUAUAGAAGCGUGUCUGCUUUGUCAAAUGCAGUGCAAUGAUUGAUAAUGUAAAAUAUAUGUACUGUAUGUCUUACGUUCUGCCCAAGUAGUUUAAAAACCAAAGUCUUUCCCUACUUUGUAGCUUUAAUAUUUUAAAUAGGCGCUUCACAAAAGAUUGAUGUACAGUAUACAGAUACUGUAUAGGUUUUCUUUUAUUUCUUAGCUUUUUUGUGUUCUUUCAGGAAAAAUUCUUUAUAAGCUUUAUUCUUUAUAAAUUUUUAUAAGCAUUAAAGGGGUUGUGCCACCUCACCAGAAUGAGAUAUGCCAAAAAUGUCAGAUAGGUGCAGGUCCCCCCUCUGGGAUCCACUCCUAUCUCCAGAAUGGGGCCCCCAAAGUGAAUGGAGGAGAGCAGCUGCACAUGUGUGCCCACCCUCCACUUGCAACUGUGAGAGUUCUAAAAAAGGCCAAAUGUGCUUGCUUAAGUAUCCUGUAGCAGUGAGUGCAGAGGAUGCCAUGAAGUGAAGGAGAGCACACUGUAUAUGCACAGCGUCCUCUCCAUUUAUGGAUAUGGGACUUUUGAAAAUAGCCAAGCAAGAGUGUUCAGCUAUUUAUGGAAGUUCUGCAGCAAUCUUCAUGCCCUACUGUGGGACUGCUGGAAAUAGCUGAGCAUGCACUGUUGCUCUCCCUUCACUUUGGGGACCAGUGAAGGCCCCCAGAGGUGGGACCUGCACCAAUCUGACAUUUGGGGCAUAUCCUGAUAUGUCAUAAAUGUCUCUAUGGUACAAACCCCUUUUAAAUGUGUAUUUUGGAUUUCUGGAAAUAUUUUGACAGCAUGACUUCUGAUUUUAUCCAGCUCUAAUAUAUUUAAUACUGUUCUGUAUGGUUCUUCUAUGUAAUUUUUUUUCUCAAACAUAUUUAAAACUUCUAAAAGGUUUGUGUAAUAUAUUAUUAAAGCUUCUAAAUAAUUGA